CUUGGGCAAACAGCAUUCAGUGUUUACAAAUCGAAGCGUGCGUACGGAUUAAACAAAAUCUUAUUAAGAAUAAAAUAAUUAAAUAACGGUUAAAAUUAAAAAAAAAAACAGAAAAAAAAUCAGUUACGUUCUAGUUACUUUUAAUAAAGUGAAUUAAACUCAAGUUCAUAAGAAUAAGAAAGAAAAUCUGUAAAUAAAAAUUAGAAAUAAAACGUUAAAUUACAAAGACUUUAUUUGAACAUCUGAAUAAAAUUACAAAAAUUAUGACUACCUCAAUUACGAGCCUUUUGCAAACUUUACGUAUUGUGCCCGCAGUUGGUCAAAAGCAAAAGGUUCAACAGCCUCCCCUCAAAGUUCUUACCGCUCAAAAAACUGCAUUACCUGAAAUUAGUCUCGAUGCUGUAUCUCAACAUGAUGACUAUUGCGAAUGCUGGGUAGUAAUCUAUGAUCGUGUAUACGAUCUUACCAGUUUCUUACAAAAUCAUCCCGGUGGUGCCGAUGUUAUAAUGGAUUAUGCGGGUCGUGAUGCUACUUUAGCUUUCCAUGGCACCGGCCAUUCUCGUGAUGCCAUUGAACAAAUGCGUGAUUAUUUGAUUGGUGAAUUACCCGAACAUGAGAAAAUAUUUCGCUGCACGAAUGGCCAAGUCAUAAAAACUGGUAUACCCGAAUAAAUUUAGUAAAUAAUGAAUAGUGUUUCGAAAAAGAAAACCAACAUUUUAAAAGCUUUAUAAUCUUAAGGAUCUCACUUCACGCUAACAAAAAUAUCAGCAGUUUAAGGAUAAUUUAAUUAACUCUACUUGAAACGUUCCUGGCUUUUUAAUGUAAACUUCAGUUUAUUUUGUAAAGUUGGCCUCAAGAUCUAUCUAGUAUUUUAUAACAAUUGCAUUUCUUGUCAUUUCCUAUUAUUGUCUUGACUAUAUAUUUUAUUUCUACUCAUAAUUAUUAUCUUGCUUCAAUUAUAACUUAUUUUAUUUAUUUAAUUGUGUAUAUGUAUUUUCUUACGUAUUUAUUUCAAUAAUUGUUUUUAUUUAGUUUUUAAUCAGCAUUUUCUAGUUUAAAAUUUUAAUGAUCUAUUUCGUACUUAUUAUACGCACAUGUAAUAAAUUAAUUUAAAUUUUUUAAUAUAUACUUACAUAUAUUUUCUUAAUUGAUUAUUUUAAUAUAAAAAUAAAAUAAUAAUUCAUUAAAUUAUUUAACAAAUCAA